AUGACAGAAAAUAAAGACGCAAGCCAACAAACAUACCGUGAAAUAUUUCCAGCUAGUACGUCAAUUAUAGAUUUUGCAUAUUCAGAAUUACAUCCUUUAAGAGUUGGCGAAUUUAGCAUUGUGCAUGAUGACGAUUCAGAACAAAGAGGGUUUGAAUAUGACAAUGCGUAUGUUAAUAGGGAAAGUGAUAGUGACGACGAGGAUCAUAGCUAUUCAUCCGAUGAGAUAAAUUGCAAAGCAAUGGCUUUGUUUGAUUUUAUACCUGAAAACGAUAACGAAGUAGCAUUGACAGAGGGCCAAAUCAUAUGGAUUUCUUAUAGACACGGUCAAGGUUGGUUAGUUGCAGAAGACUCAGAAAGUGGUGAAAACGGGCUAGUUCCAGAAGAAUAUGUGGAGAUUUAUUAUGACGACGAAGAGGCUGAGGAUGUAGGAAAACAUAAAGAGACUAUUGAUGAUAUACCGAAGCCGUUUUUACCAGAAAUACUACAAAAUUACAAUAUACAUAAACCAGAAGAAAGUGACGGUGAAUGGGUUGACACAGAUGACGAUGUAGACACAGAAAACAUGAACCAAAAGAGAGAUAGCUUUAAUGACAAGAGGAUAUAUAAUGUACAUGGUGUACAACAAAAAGGCCAAGAAGAAGACCAAACACAACCAAGCACUUCUCACUCAGUCACAGAAAGUAGCGGCUUACAGGAAAAUGUCCAAAAUUUGUCAUUAUCAUAG